AUGCUGGAAACUACUAUUGACCCUCUGAUCACUGAAAUCGUCGAAGCGAAUCCUAAUGAAUUCGAUUUGGAUAUUGUAUACCAACAAUACACAAUUCGUUCGAAUAAUCUGAUGCUGUUCAAUGUUGAAGAAUCGAAGGCAGAAGGUUUAGAGGCCAAAAUAGCUGAUGACAAAAAAAUUGCUAUUCAAGUACUUGAAUCUAUUGGGGUUGAAAGCAACGACCUAACUAAAGUGAUCCACAUAGGUCGACAAGGUAAUAAACCCAGGCCUAUCAAGAUGAUGUUAUCAAACUCAAAUGCAGUUGGUCAUGCUCUGAAACUCAAAAAUAGAUUGCUUGAUACAAAAUUCAGAAUCGCUUCAGACAGAACAAAAAUACAGCAAGAACAAAUGAAAAAAGUACAGGAUGAGUUAAAGCAACGCCGGGAUCGAGGUGAGCAAAAUCUCGCUAUUAAAUAUAGGAAAGGCAUUCCGAUAAUUGAAGAAUUAAAAAACUAA